AAAUAAAAUAUUUCAUUAUAAUAAAAAUAAUUUUUUGUUAACGUAAAAAAAUAAUUUAAUCAGACUUUUAAACAUUAUCAUUUUAAGAUUCUAUUUAUUCUUUUCUAUUAUAUAUAUUAAAUAAAAUUAUGAAACAAAAAUAAAAAAUUUUUAGAUAAUUGCUUAUGAAAUAGCAAUCAGUUGAAUCAAUUUUGCAUUUUAAAACUUAAUCAUGCUUCAUAAAUAAACUAUGAAUUGUAUUUUUAUAAUAAAAAUAAUCGGCAGUUUUUAAUCACUAUAAGCUAAUUUAAACUUAGCGAUAAAUCUUUAAGUUAAAGAUUUGCUUUUCUAUCAUCGAGUUUUGUUUUAACCUUAUAGAAGUUUCAUUGUCUUAUUGUCAUAUAAAUUUUUUUAAUGAUCUUACUCAAAAAUAUCUUAUAAAUGAAAAAUCCAUUUAUAUACUUUUUUUUUAAUUUUUAUCAACUAGUCUCUUUAAUGAUAGAUUUCGGUAAUCAAUGCUGCAUACAUUUCAAUUUUUAGUUUAAGUAAACUGCAUAGAUCCCGAAUUUAUUGAUAUAUUCUUAUAUUUAUAUAUAGAAAGUGAAUGUUGCAAAUAUGCAAUACUAUUAGGUAGAAGAUUAAACAAAUAUUAGAUUUGAAUAUCAUAAGAAAAGCAAAAAAAUUGUCAGACAAAACUAAUAAUCAAUGUCGAUUAGUGUUGAUUAACAAAAUUUCUUUUAAAACUAUUAAUUAUCGUCUCUAAUAUUAUUUGACAAAUAAAAUGACAAAGCUUUUAAACAACAACAUAUAUAUUAUUCUAUUACUGAAAUAAUAAGUUCAUAUAAAGAAACGUAUAAUUGCAUCGGCCUUCUAGCGCGCAGCUGCCAAGUGCUCAUUUCCUAUUUCAUUUCAGAUGCAAAGUCUCUUGUACCUAUGUACACGUCAGAAGCGUGUCUCAGUUAAAGAAGAAACACUGAUGUUUCUCAGUCGUCGACGAUGUAUCGACUACGGCGUUACGAAGCGACAAAACUGAUUUCACCCGAUAUUUCUAGUGCACUGAUAAGAGAGAUAACGAAGCGUGCCGUAUUUAUUCUACUCACCAAAUUAUCAGUUACAUGCCAAUUCUAAAGGAGUGCUCAUCAUGAUUCGCGAUCGUAUGCCCGAUUUGCGUGCCAGCCGAAAUAACAGCAGCACCUUUGGCAGAGGAUUUCUGCAGGAUGUACACCUUCAAAUAGCUCAAAAUAAAAAGCUCACUGAGGUGCUCGACGAAGCCGAAGAAAUACGCGCUCUCAUCUAUCUUAUCGUCGAAAACGUUUCUCAUGUGAAGUAUUUGCAUAACAAUAUCCUAUCGCACACGAAUAAGGACUUACAAAAAGAACUGGAAACUCGUAUGUGUACAAUCUCGCAGACGGCUUUUCGCGUGCAGCGAAAAUUAAGAGAGAUGGGUAAAGACACUAUUGCCAUUGACGAUUUGACUGCAGUACAAGAUGAACCUGUGUAUACAAGAAUUAAAAUGUUACAGUACACAACUAUGAUGCAAUCGUUUUCCGAGAUCAUGGAUGAAUACAAUGCCUCGUUACUAAAAUAUCAUGAUAAAUGUCUUUUGCUUUUACAGCAACAACGCUCGCUAAUAAGGCGACAAGUUACAAGCAUGGAAUUGGACCAUAUGCUUGAUGCUCAAGAAACUAACUUAUUUGUCGAUAACAUUUUAGAAGACAGCAAGAUAGCAAAGCAACAAUUGUCAGACAUACAAAGUAGACAUAAUACUGUCCUAAAAGUGGAAAAAUCUCUCACAGAGAUUAAAGAUAUGUUUGCAGAAAUAGCAUUUCUAAUUGAGAAACAAGGGGAACAAAUUAAUAAUAUUGAAUAUUUCGCUAAUAAAACUACAGAUAAUGUUGGCGGCGGACGCAUCCACCUAAAAAAAUCAGAAAAAAGAAGUCACAGAUACAGAAAGCGAAAAAUCAAAAUUGCUGUUAUCAUAAGUGUAAUAAUAAUAAUUUUUCUUAUAUUUAUUAUAUUACUUUAAAAAAUUUAUACAAGAUAUCUUAUAAAUGUAGUUUAUGUUAAUGAUUUUAAUGUUGGUGAAAGUUAUGAAUAAAAAUUAUAGUGCAUAUGAUAAA